AUGUCCAGCUCAGGGGUCCCUAAACUAGCCACAACCAUCCACAUAACGGCGUUAGACGGAAUAGUUAACGUGAAUUCUCUCUUCACACUGGCUGUCUUCAUCGGCCUAACUUGGAACCCGAGGGAUCCGGAUAACAAACUCAACACCGACCCGAAAUGCGAAGUCGGGCCGAAAGUAGCGGAGGAUCUCGUCGCCUUCCACGUGUACUCUUUCUGCUGCUUCCUCUUCUCCAGCCUGGUUGCGCUCGCGUUGAAGCAGGCCAUUAGGCUGUCCCGCUCCGCCCAUUACCGGACGGUUUUCACCUUCGAUUUGGCCCUCGUCAAUAAAAACGCUCUUCGGGUCGGGUACGUGAUAUCUGCCGCCGGAUCGGCUUCCGGGUGCCUGUUUUUGAUGCUUGCUUUGAUUAAUGUAGUUCAGAUUAAGCUCGGGACUUUGUCAUGUGGAAGCCCACAUAGCUUAGGUGCUGUAGUUCCUCUUGUAAUUUUGGUUCCCAUUGGUCUUUUGAUUUAUGUUUCCACCGUGAUCUAUGCUUUCACGCAGUAG